AUGGAUCCCUUGAUAGAGUUUGUUGAGGAUGACGAAGCCUUGGUUAGUACUACCAAGAUUAUACCCGCUCCAGCUCCACCACCCCACUUACCGCCGACGAGGACAACAACUGGACGACUGGUCGUCGUUGACCUCAACUGGUACCAUAGCUCCGGCGACUUUACCAAGCGACUCUCCCUUCUUUUCAUUGUCCCUAAGGCGCCGAUCAGUUCACCAAGCCAACCCCUCGCCGGAGCACACGCCAUCCACGACUGGUCCUAUCCCAGCACCACCACCAACAGCCACGCCACCACCCCAACCACCGAAGGGCCUACUAGAAACGAAUUAUACAAUAUUAACGAGCCCUCAUCCGCAUCCCGGCGGCUCAUCCAUCUCCUCAUUGCAGCCGCCGAAGCUAUCUCCGGCGACCAGAAGAGCCCUCAUCUCGCAAGGGUGAUAUUGGUUCGGCUCAGAGAAAUAAUCCCCACCGAUCACGCAUCUGCUUCCGGCAUCGAACGUCUCGCCUCACACUUCACAGAAGCCCUUCUCGCUCUCCUCGACAACCCCCACCAACCCGCCACCCCCACCGGCGAAGUCCUCAUCGCCUUCAAAUUGCUCCACGACAUGUCCCCCUGCGUCAGUUUCGGCCACCUCACCGCAAACCAAGCUAUUCUUGAAGCCAUCGCCGGCGAACGCCGCGUCCACAUUCUCGAUUACAAUAUCGGCGAAGGCGUCCAAUGGGCGUCUCUGAUUCAAGCGCUGAUUUCAAAAAGCAGCCCAGCGGCGCCGCAUCUGAGGAUCACGGCACUGACUAACGGAAUCAAGGGAUCUGCUUCGGGAGCGCAGGAGGUCGGCCGGAGACUCUCCGCCUUCGCCGCAUCAGUCGGCCAGCCGUUCUCCUUCCGUAUCUGCCGCCUUGACCAUACCAAGAGGUUUACGCCGGCGGCCAUCAAGGUGGUCAAAGGAGAAGCUUUAGUGGUCAAUUGCGUCCUCCAACCAGCGCAGCUCAGUUCCUCAGCGUCGCUUACCUCAUUCUUAACCGGCGCCGCAGCGCUCGGCCCCCGGAUUUUAACCAUUAUCGAGGAGGAAAGCUCCCCAUCCGUCGCUCGAGCGGAAAGGGGGUUUGUGAGCGAGUUCAUGGAUGAGGUGGAGCGUUAUAUGGCUAUAUGGGAAUCCCUUGAGACUGGGUUUCCGAUGCAGGGGAGGGUGAGGGAGAUGGUGGAGCGGGUAAUUUUGAGGCCGAGGAUUGCGGAGGCUGUAGCGAGAGCAUAUGGGAGGCAGGAUGGCGGCGAGGUGGCGGUGGAGAGGUGUGGCGACUGGAUGGCAGCGGUGGGGUUUGAGAGAUUGGAGCUGAGUUCUUUUAACGUUUGUCAGGCUCAGCUUCUGAUUGGUUUAUUCAAUGAUGGGUUCUGCGUCGAUAAAGAUUCGCCGAAUAAGCUCGCGCUGAGGUGGAAGUCGCGCCGGCUAUUGUCCGCCUCUGUUUGGGGUCUUCCUCCGCCGCCUCGCACGUCAGGCUUCACUCCUUUUAGGAGAGAACAGCGAAAUUAA